AUGCAAAAUAACAGGGGUUUUCUGCACAGAGACAAUGGCAGGAUUAUCUUGCACUUUGACUAUGACUCCUUCUACGCCUCCGUAUUCGAAGUGGAAAACCCCGCUCUGAAAGCAGUCCCGCUGGCCGUCCAGCAGAAGCAGAUUGUCGUCACGUGCAACUAUGAAGCGUGCCGGCGCGGCUUGCGCAAGUUGCAACUGAUCAAGGAGGCGAAGAAGGUGUGUCCGGACGUGGUAAUCGUGCCGGGCGAGGAUUUGACCAGGUUCCGCGAUGCGAGCAAGGAGAUCUAUACGUUUCUGAAGGGGUAUGUGUCGGGCUGGGGCGGGAGGGUUGAGAGGUUGGGCUUUGAUGAGGUAUUCUUGGACGUCACCUCUCUGGUGGACUACAACAUCGAGCUUCUCAACUACAAUGACCUAUCCAGCUCCUUUUUCCAUCUUGACAAGACAGACCCCACUCAGGGUUUUGCAUACGAUGCCCGCACAGUGUCGGGGCCUUCUUAUCCUUCAUCUCACCAAUCCGAUGAUGGCUCAGCCCCCUAUGCCACAUCAGACCCUCAGACACAUCCGUUCUCACCCAGUAGCAAAGACAAUGCAAAUAGCAACGCACUAUGCCAACGCCUGAUCCUUGGUUCGCAUCUAGCGAGCUACAUCCGCACCCAACUCGAGGAACACAAAGGUUACACAGCCACAGUGGGCAUCUCCACCUCCAAGCUUCUAGCAAAGCUUGCGGGAAACGUCCACAAGCCGCGGAACCAGACGACUCUUCUGCCCCCGUAUGAUUCCACAGAUGAGUGUGGCGCUUAUGUUGACGACGACGACAACGACAACAACGACAUCGACAACGACGUCGACAUCGACAAUGACAAUGACAAUGCUGACAAAGAACACGCCCAUGCCCAACAAGGCACCAUCACCCGUUUCCUCGACGCCCAUGACUUCAGCGCAAUCCCGGGCAUCGGUUUCAAAAUCGCCCAGAAGAUCCGCGCGCACAUUCUCGGCCGCCAGCCUACAUCGGGCAUGUACGAACAGCUCUCGAAAGAGGACCACGUCACCGUCAGGGAUGUCCGGCUAUAUCCGGGCAUGUGUCCGCGGAUGCUGAAUGAGAUACUACUAUCGCCGUCUUCCGGCGGCAUCAGCAGUGGAAGUGUCAGCGGCAGGGCCGGGGCCGGCGGAACAUGGCCUAGGGAUAUCGGAAUGAAGGUCUGGGGAUUACUUCAUGGGAUCGACCCGAGCCCCGUGGCGGAGGCUAGAGCCGUCCCCACGCAGAUCAGCAUUGAGGAUUCGUAUGGCGUUGGGAGGUUGGAGGGGUUAAAUGUGGUGCGAUUGGAGCUGGUGGCGCUGGUUCGGAGUCUUCUUAGGCGCAUGCUUGUGGACUUGACUGAGGAGGUUGAAGAGGAAGAAGCACAAGGAGAAGAGGAGGCAGAAGCAAAAGAAGAGGAGGAGGAGGAGGAGGAGGAUGCUGCUGAAAGGACAAAAACGACGAAGAGACGAUGGCUUGCGCACCCGCGCACACUUCGGCUGUCGACACGCUCACGCCUUCCCCCGCUCACUGACGGGACGCGCGAUUUUAGCGCGGGGCGGGUGUCGAGGUCCUGUCCUCUACCGGCAUAUGUGUUCGCUUCGCUGCUUAACAUUGGCAAUAUUAGCCAUCGUCCUCAGAAUCAUCAGACCCAUGAUGAGAGCGGUGGUGAUGGCUAUGGAAAUGACAACAAAGCCGUUGAUGGCAGGAGCUCUAGAGGAGGAGGAGGAGGAGGAACAUGGGAAUCAAUAGACCCCCUAGCCAGCCGCCUCGUUAACGAAACCAUUCUCCCGCUCUUUCGCAGACUGUAUCCGGAAAAACCGGGCAGGGGAAAGAUCUGCGUGAUGAACGUUGCGGUGACGAACAUGGUUCUGGUUGCGGGGGUGGAUAAGGGGGGUGCAGGGAGGGAUAUUGGGAGGAUGUUUCGGAGUCAGGGGAGAGUGUCGAGUGAGUGGAGGGUUGAGGGUUGGAAGGAGGCCAGAGAGGGUGCAGGGGAUGAUGCUGGGCCACGAGGAGAGGAAAUGGUUGGUUCUACUGCCAUGAUUGGCGACGGUUGUGAUGCUGGCAAUGCGGCGUGGGAUAGCGAAGGAGAGGAAGAUGAUAUACUAGGUACUAACAACGGCGAUAUCAUGAUGAUGACUGAAUGUGUAACGUGCGGUGCGCAGAUAGCUCAUUUUGCCCUCCGAGCUCACGAGGUGUACCAUUCUGUUUGUCCUUGA